AUGCAUAAGCUGCGUCUCACCCGAGUCAAGCAACAGCUCAAUGGAGCCCUCAAGGACGACGCCAUAAUCGAGACUCUGCGUCCGAUGCAUCAUGCAAUCGAAGCCGGGCGCGAAGUCAACAAUACGGCAGACGGUUUCUCCGGGAUUGACGAGCCCAAGUUUGCCAGUGGCAGCCAGGGCAUCAUGGGCUUUGAUGUCUGCGUCGGAGUCGAGUACCGCGGGGAAGGUGGAGGUGCACCUCCACCUUCUACCGCGGGGAAGGUGGAGGUGGUAUAUACGACGUUGAACCCCAUCAGUUUGUCACACUGCACCUCCAGUGUGACUCUUGCAUUAUCAUUUCUCUUGACAGUAGUAGAGCCGUUCGGUAUUGUCGCCGGUUUCAUUGGUAUUACACCUGCUUUUACUGACUGCUUCGAGUAUGCACAGUUUGACCGCCACUUCAAUCUUGAUUUCGAGACCAGCCACCUUGCUCUCGACUGCGCGAGACACCGUCUUACACGAUGGGGCGAGUCUGUCAAUAAUUACGACGAUCCUAAACUAGGCAGGCAGGAUGCUAUUGCGACCGAGAUCCAACUUGCAAAGGAUGCGCUGCUCUGA